UUGUGACGUCACGUCACGUCUGUUUAUUUAAAUUUUACAAAAUAAAUGUAAACCAAUGUAAAUUGUAAACCAUAAAUUUUUAUUUUUAGCCCUAAAUUUAGGUAAUAUUUGAAUAGCUUUUUAUUUUGAAUUUGAAUCUAUUACAACGUGUGCAUAAAAAUGGCAAAGAUGAAGAUUGAAGAUUUGGAUUUAUAUGUAAUUCUUGAUAUCGAAAUAACAGCGACUGAAGCAGAGAUCAAAAAGGCUUAUAGGAAAAAGGCUCUAAAAUGCCAUCCAGAUAAAAACCCUGAUGACCCAAAAGCUGCAGAGACAUUUCAUCAACUAUCACAUGCUCUUGAGAUACUAACAGACUCUGUUGCAAGAGCAGCUUAUGAUAAAGUAUUGAGAGCCAAAGCAGCUGCAAAACUGCGUCAUAAGGAACUCGAUAGCAAAAGACAGAAACUAAAAGAAGAUUUAGAAAGGCGGGAACGUGAAGCUGGUUCAAAAAUGACUCUAACUGUUGAACAGAAGCUUGCUGCAGAAAUUGAAAGAUUACAAAGAGAAGGUAGCCGUAUUUUACUUGAAGAACAACAAAGAGUUAAAGAGGAAUUACAGAGGAAUGACCUAAAUGAACCAGUAUGGGAUUCCAGUUUAAAUAGGAUUAAAAUUAGUUGGAAAGCAGAUAAAAACGAUGAACAGAAUGGUGGAUAUGAUGAAACAAAUUUGAGAAGGUUCUUUAAGAAAUAUGGUGAUAUAGUUGCAAUUAUCAUUUCACCCAAGAAAAAAGGUAGCGCUUUAGUGGAAUUUGCAACAAAAGAGGCAUCAGAAAUGGCAAUGGAAUUAGAAAAAGGUCUUCCAGAAAACCCUUUGAAACUCAAGUGGGUUAACAACAGACCAAUAUUGUCAAAGAGGGACAGACCAGAAACAGGUUCAGUUGUAACAGACAGAGAUUAUGAAUCAAUAGUAUUAACAAAACUGAGACAGGCAGCUGAAAGGCAAAGAUUAAUUGAUGAAAUGAUGAAAGAAGACCAACAAGGAACAUGAUUACAAUAAUACAUAAGCAUGUGGUAUAGGGUUGCCAACCAUAGUAAAAUAAUUAUUUUACAGCAUGGCAUUUACUGUAUAUUGGAUUGGCAUACUAGUUAUAAUAUACUGUUGAAGAAAUUUUUAUUAAAAUGAAAGUAUUACAAGAACAAAUUAAUAAAAAAAAUUAGCUUCUGAUUUUAUUUAAUUUAAAUAUUGAAAGUGAUAACAUGCUUUAUCACUUUUAUUUUAGACAAUAAACUUAUAAAAUAAUACAUGUACAUAGAUCUGAUAAAAAUAAAUAAGUAACAAAGAAAUUGUUGUUUAUUUUGCACUUUUUAGGGCUCCAUACCUCAAAAGGAAAAACCCAUAAAAGAUUAUUUUGUUGUCUGUAUGUCAUGAUCUUUUAUUUUGGUAAUGCAUGGAGGUGCCAAUUUGGAGGUCUUAGAGGACCUUUGAAAAAAAUCAAACCUGAAAAAAGAUACGACUGAUUAUUCAGCAUAAUUGUACAUUUUGACAUUCAAAGAGAAACAAUACUCCCGUUGAUUUUGAACUAUGAGACAAAAAUCUCAAACUAUAUGUCUAGAAAUCUUAAACAACAAGGGGUCUGAAAUUCGGAAAAAACUGCGCAAUUCUAUUCGUGAACAAUUUAUAGUGAUUCUAUGUACAGAACCCUGACUCGCACUUAUACAGUUAGACUAAGCUUUAAAAUAUUAAGUAAGAAUGUAAUGUUACAUUUAAAGCUUAGUCUUAAUUUAGCUGUAAAAAUGUUGGCAUCCCUAGGUGUAACAUACAAUAUAUUAUAGUAAAAGGAAAGUUGGUGGAUAACAUCUUUGAGAAUUUCCAAUUGUGAUGUACAUAUAUAGCUAAUGAUAUUCACACAUUUAUGUAUUUUAAUAGAUAAAUAAACUUGUUAAAAUUAAA